GAGCCCUCUCGCGCUGCUCGCCGACACAUCUGCCUCGCGUCGGCCGUCGUGGUGAACCGUUAGUCGCUGUCAUGGCUGCGGCUCUGUCCCGUGCCCUCAAACUGCCUGGGAAGAAGGGCUCAGAGCUGGGCGAGUACGACCCUCUCACCCAAGCUGACAGUGACGAGAGCGAAGAGGAUGACCUGGUGCUCAACUACCCCCGUAACGGUCUUGGCAGGGGCAACUGCCUCGGUACUGGCUCUUCAGACCUGCGGGGCAGCAGAUCUGGAAGGCUUGUUGGGGGGAAAGAUGAGGCAGACGAGGACGAGGAGGAAGAGGAGGAUGAGUGGCGAGAGCGACACCCCAGCAAAUCCAAGCAGGACAGGGAUGACAUGAGAAGCAUGCAGUACUGGAGCCAGAGGGACUCAGGACGGGACAGAGCAGGAGAGGACAGAGGGGGUGCUGGGGUGUCAGGGAGCGCUGGGCUAGGGGUGAGCAGCACUGAUGCAGAUGCAAAGAGGAUUAGGAUGAGGAGUGCCAUCCGGACUGCGUUUUUCCUCGUGCCUCUGGUGUGUGCCACAGUGCUGGUGCUGCUGUGCGCAUUUCUGAUACCUUGCCAGAAGGGGGAGCUGGACAAGCGGCCACAAUGGGAGAGAGCACUAGGGGAUGCAGGAGGUGUCACGCCACCGGCAUUGGCGUUGUGGGAUGUCGAUGGUGACUCAGUGGAAGAUGUGUUGCUGGGUGUUACAGAGUGGACCAAUGACACCCAUCUCACACAGGGAAACAAAAUUUACAGUGCAGUGGCCCUGUCUGCGGUCAGCGGCCAGGUGCUGUGGAGGAGAGUCAUGCGGGAGUCUGUGAUGUGCAUCCAGUGCGGUCUGCAGUACAACACCAAUCCUUUACCUGUGUGUCUCCUCAUCGGGAAGUCUGUCCUCAUGGCUGUCAACGGCACCACAGGGAAGAAACUGUGGUCAGUUCUGCUUAAGAACAUUGAAUCCCAGGCGGUGUCACUUCCAGACCUGCAGGGAGACGCAGUCCCAGAUUUACUGAUUGCCACUCUGCCAGCAGAUGAGGCCAUGGAUCUCUCCCUGAUCUUGAUCUCUGGGCUGACCGGGGCGAAGCUGGGGCAUCCCGUACCUUUCAACCUCACGGGACAGGGGAGGCUGAUUGGUCCUUUGCUGCAUGAGACACAGCAAGGGGCAUAUUACAUCCUGUUUGGUCUAGGCAAUGUGGAGGCUGUCGCUCUGCGUGAUAUCUAUAUUCGUGCUACUGGCAAAAUGCCCUUAACACAGGCGCUUAGACGGAAGGACCUUGGCUGGGAAGGGCUCAAGAAAACCAACUUCUCUUCUCUCAUACACAUUUACAGUGGAACUGAACGUGUGGAAUACCUGCUCCCUCUAGUGGCUGGGUUUGACAGUAACCACAACAACCUGGACACAGUUUCCAACCUUAACUCCACCAAGAGUGACUGGGUGUUGGUUUAUGGUUCCAGUAAGCUGUCAGUCUUGAGAGAGAGGGACAUGCAUAAAGACUGGACCUUCAACUCAGCUCCCAUUCACAGUCAACCAGUCCCGGGUCACUUCAAUGAUGAUGGGAUCCCCGAUCUUUUCGUUCAGCAUUCAGCAAAUGGCAUCACAAAGGUUCAGGUUGUUGAUGGGGCAAACGGGCAGCUCCUCUGGACAGCAGAGUUUCUGUGUCCUCGUCUUGUAUUGGACGCGUCCUCAAUUUCCACCACUACUGGCCUGUCAACUUUCCUGUUCUGGGCCAGUGAGCCAAUCAGAGCGCAGAAGAACGUCACCAAGACAACUGUGGCACCGGGUGUUGCUGCAGCAGAGCCCCUCAUCAGAAACCUGUUCCUGCUGCAUCCUGCAUAUCCCACCAUCCUCCUGCAGCUCACCAGUACCACAGACACUGCUGUCACCUCUGCAGUGAGUUACCAGGAGCAUCAGAAGGAUGCCUCCUACAUCACCGUGUCAUCGCGGCCCACACCUGAGUCUGAGCCUGGGGCUCGGAUAGUCAAGAGCCUGAGCCUUCGAGCUGCCAUCACAAAAGGACAAAUCGUGAGGCUGGGGGAGAGUAGCAAGUCCGGGGGACCCGUUAAACCUGGAGUGUUUGAGGUCAACAAAUUCUUCAGGCGUCUGUCCUUCAAACAUCAGUAAUGAGCCACCACUACUACCAUGUCUUGUGUGACAAGAGGAGCAACUAAAGGAACCUGCUCCAUGAUGAGAGGAACACAAGCUGGGACACUGGGAAUUCAUUUGAAGUUGUUUACACUUCUGUUUGGUUCACUAAGUAUGAAUUUACUUUCCACUACUUGAGAGUUGUUUUCCAUAAACGAUUAUUUGUAGUUAAAUGUUGUUUUUGUUUUUCCAGUUGUUUUAUACCAUGUCUAUACAAUGAAAAUGUUUAUUUAAAUUAUUUAACUUGCAUUUUUGAAGGGGUUUUAAAAUAUUUAAUUGGAUGUUUAUAAUUGUUUGGAACUGAUGGCAGCAGAACAGUAGUUUAUUACUGACAGUGAAGCACAAUUAAUGCUGGAGAAAGAACAUGUUACUGAGUUCAUGCACCUCUCAUACACAUCUAGCAGUGUAACCAGGCCAGGUCAUGCUUGUCACAUGUGUUUUGUCAUUAAGUCACCAAUAGUGAUCCUUUCUGCUCCGCUAUGUUGUAUAGGAAGUCUGUAAAUAUUUUAUUGCUGUACAGUAUUUAUUGGUUUUGCUUCAACAUUUAGAUUUUUUGUAAUUUCUUUGUUUUUGUUGCAUCACUUGGUUGUUAAGAUUAAAUGUACACUGCGGCUGUACUGGUGGUUGUAAAUAUUGCAAUAAGAAAAUGAUGAAACGAAUUCUAACUGCUA